AAAAUACUAGAAUAUUAUCACUGGUUUUAGAUAUAGAAAAUCUAGUAUUUCCCUGAAUUUGAUUUCUGUAUCAGUAAAACAUGUCGUUCCUAGUAAAAACUUUGGCUCGCAGGGUCUUUGCCCCAGCUAUAUCUUCGGCGAAGGUCUUGAACUUUUCUACUACCAGUGCAGCAUUUGUACCAAAGGUCCAGCAACCCGCACCUCACUUCGAAGCUACUGCAGUAGUUAAUGGUGAAUUCAACAGGCUGAAACUAUCAGACUACAAUGGAAAAUAUGUUGUUCUGCUCUUCUACCCAUUAGAUUUCACAUUUGUCUGCCCCACCGAGCUGAUAGCCUUCAGUGACAGAGCUAAAGAGUUUGAGAGCAUUGACUGCCAAGUCAUUGGUGUGUCUACUGACUCUGAAUUCAGCCAUCUUGCAUGGACCAACACUCCUAGGAAGGAUGGUGGUCUUGGCAAGAUAGAAAUCCCUCUUCUUUCUGACUACCAGAAGACAAUUUCACGAGACUACAAUGUUCUCCUAGACGCCGGCUUUGCGCUACGAGGUCUCUUUGUCAUUGAUAGGAACGGCGUUCUAAAGCACAUGUCGGUCAAUGACCUGCCCGUCGGCAGAUCAGUUGACGAAACCCUAAGGCUUGUGAAAGCCUUCCAGUUUGCUGACAAACAUGGUGAAGUGUGCCCAGCCAAUUGGAACCCAGAAACAAAUUCGGCCACAAUUAUCCCCAAUCCUCAAGGAAGCAAGCAAUACUUCCAGAAGGCCAACUAAAUACUUCUUUAUAGGAUUUUGAUCCUUAUGGCAUUUAAGUUUAAGAGUAAUUUCGCAUACUCGUAGGACUAGUAUCAGAAACGUCAAAAUGGUGGUUUUGUAUGGUAUGAUGGCGAUUUGAGUUUUGUUUUAAGAAAGUUCUGGAAAUGAUUGUCUAUGUUUAUUUUUUUCUCAGUUGAUAUUUGUUUUGUAUUAUCUUUCUGUCAUUAAAUGUGUUCUGUUGAGAAA